CCCGGAAGUAGGUCCGGGUAGAAACAGAAGGUGGGACAACUGUGGUUCUUAGUGCCAGGAUGGGGGCGGUGGACUGUCACUGCCAUCUCGCGGCACCCGAGUUUCAAAGGGACAUUGAAAGUGUAUUGGAAGAUGCAAAGAAGAAGAAUGAACCUGCAACUCUGAGGAGAGGUUUUGUGAGACAGAAUCAGCAUUGGAAUAAUUCUAAGGUUUUGGCCCUGGUAGUAGUUGCUGAACAUUCUGGAGAUUUCACAAAAAUUAUUCAACUUUCGGAAAGGUAUCCAGGAUUUGUUUUUGCAUGUUUGGGCAUCCAUCCAGUUCAAAGUAUUCCAGCUGGAUGUGAACGCAGCGUUAUUUUAAAGGAUCUAGAAGAAGCAUUCCCACUCAUUGAACUGUAUAAGGAUCAUUUGCUGGCCAUCGGAGAGAUUGGUUUGGAUUUUACUCCCAGAUUUGCCAGCAGUGAUGAACAGAAGGAAGGGCAACGUCAAGUCCUGAUGAAACAGAUUCAACUGGCAAAACAACUUGACUUACCUUUAAAUGUUCAUUCCCGCUCAGCUGGAAGGCCAACCAUUAACCUCUUAAAGGAACAAGGUGCUGAGAAAGUGUUGCUCCAUGCAUUUGAUGGGAAACCAUCUGUAGCAAUGGAAGGAGUGAAGGCUGGGUAUUUUUUCUCCAUCCCUCCUUCAAUUACAAGGAGUGAACAGAAGCAGAAACUUGUGAAACAGCUGCCUCUGGAAAGCAUUUGCUUGGAAACUGACUCACCUGCCCUAGGUCCUGAGAAACAGGUGAGAAAUGAACCAAAGAAUAUCUUCAUUGCUGCAGAAUACAUUGCUGAAAUAAAAGGAAUUUCAGUGGAAGAGGUUUUAGAUGUAACAACACAGAAUUCACUGAAGGUCUUUCCCAAACUGAAAAACUUCCUCAGGAAAUAGCUUAUGUUCUAUAGUAUUUGACAUUAAUUCAGAUUAUCUAUAUAGUAAAUGUAUGUGUAAAUGUAAUUUCAUAAGAUGCAUAAUAUUAAAAUAUCUAAUAGAAGAGAAUAAAUGAACUGUGGAGUCCUUGAUGUUCUCUGAGCUUGGUUUGCUUGCAGACAUUUCAUUAUCCAACUAGGUAACGUCAUCCGUGCUAGUGAAUAUUGGGUUUGCUCCGUUUAUAUACAGUAGGUUAACCUCCAGGUUUUGGUGGGGGUGUGGUUUUCUCCUCGAUGGUUCCUUGAUUAGGGUAUUGUUUUCUGCUUGAUAGUUUGUCUGGAGUUAAUCCUUGCUUACAUGGGUGUUGGCUGCUGGAGAGGAUGUGUUCUGGUCUUUUUCUUUGUUUUUUUAUU